AUGGAUGUUCCGUUUCGUGGGUCAGCAAUUCGUGUCGCUGCCAGUUUGAUUGUUUCGUUGCUGUUGGUCAGUUUUCGAUAUGACUUUGCGGCUACCAAGUCGAUCGUCUCGAAGUAUGGCAUUUCCACCAAUCGGACCGUCACGACUGCCAAUCGGACCGUCGCCACAACAGCCCCAGCGACCACGGCAGUCCCAAAGACGACAAGCACCCCGACAGCAAGCGCCGCUGCUCCCACUACAGAAGGCUUGAUCAAGAGACGGUUCCUGUUUGGAAUAUUCACAUAUGAUGGAGGCACAAAAAAUUAUCAACAACGUAUGGCCAUUCGGAAUUCCUACUUGUCCUUCUAUCGAAACCAAGCACCUUUGGACAACCCUGCCAUGAAAGAAACAAUCUGCUCCUUGGAAGAACUCUUGAACAAUCCACACUUAGAUGACCCCUAUGCAUGCCAAUUUGUAUACACUUUUGUUGUGGGAGGAGGACAUCCAGAGCAGCGACCAGACAUUUGCUACUGGGAAGAGUGUGGUCAUGAGACCAAGGACUUUGUUGUCGCCACUCCAGCCUUUGAUGUUUCAGAGGCUCUCUCCAAAGAAAUGUCUCUGUUGAAUCACACAGACUUUACCUUUCUGAGUGCGCGUGAAAAUCAUGAAGAAGGGAAGACUGAAUCGUGGUUUACGUAUGCAGCAUCUCUCACCAGGGACCGACCAGAACUCAAGCUGGAUUACAUUGGGAAAAUGGAUGAUGACACCAUAGUGUUUGUGGAUAGGAUGCUGGGUCGAUGGCAGACACGAUUCAACCAUGAACUUGAGCAACCAUUGGUUGCAGGUGGAUGGUUGAUUCCACGAGAUUUGUGUUCCAGUUCCAAUUCAGGCUGGGAAGGAGUGUGUGACAACCCCAAGUUCUAUGCACCCUACAUGCUACCUGGAGGAUUCAAUUUUGCCUCCACAAAGCUCGCCCAGCAGCUAUAUCUGAUUGGAACUACCUUGGAGCACAAGAAGAAGAUGUUCUUUCCAGGCCAUGAAGACAUGGGUUUUUCGAACAUGGUAUUCUCCGUUGACAAUGUGACAACAGUGCCAGUGGGUGAACACAACCCUGCAACACAUCCUACAAAAACGCCGGAGCACAUGUACCGAAACUAUUUCAAAAGGUGUGCUGAAUGCAAACGGGACGAAAAGUUGCUUGAAAUUCCAGAUCUGGAAACCAUGUCUGGUGACGGGGAAAAGCAGGGAUAA